UAAAAUGUUAAAGUGUACCAUUUGUUUUGUUUUACAGAUCCCUAAAACACAGGCAGAGUGGUUGACAGUGGCUACAGAUUUUGAAACUAUAUGGAACUUUCCACACUGUGUCGGGGCUAUUGAUGGUAAGCACGUCACUUUGAAGUGUCCCAUUGCAAGUGGCAGUGAAUACAUCAACUACAAAGGUUUUUUCAGCAUUGUUCUUCUUGCAUUAGUUGAUGCUAACUACAACUUCAUGUUUGUAGACGUGGGAUGCCAAGGACGAAUAUCAGACGGUGGUGUGAUCGCAAACACACAGUUGUACAAGCUAAUGGAGGAAAAAGCUUUAAAUCUACCUGAGCCUGCUCCUCUAAACGAGAGGGAGGAAGUUGUACCAUUCUUCUUUGUGGGAGAUGAAGCUUUUUCUAUGAGUGAAACCUUGAUGAAAGCAUAUCCAGGUUACCACGUCAAAGGAUCAAAGCAAAGAAUUUUUAACUACAGGAUUUGUAGAGCUCGCAGAGUAGUUGAAAAUGUAUUUGGCAUAGCAUCUUCAGUUUUCCGUGUGCUGAGGAAACCGUUGCUACUGGAACCAGAAAAGGCUUCAUGUGUAGUGAUGACAACUACUUUACUACACAACUUCUUGCGCCGAAGACCAGAUUCAGCGGAACUCUACACUCCACCAGGAACAUUUGAUUCAGAAGAGGCAGGUGUUGUGAGAAAUGGAAAUUGGAGAGAAGCAACGCACGAGAUGGGAUCACUUCUUCCCCUGAAAAGAGUUGCACGCAAAACAAAGGCUACAUUGCUGAAUGUAAGGGAGGAGAUAGCUGACUAUUUCUUGAAUGAAGGAAAAUUAGCGUGGCAAAAUGACUACGCAUAGAAACUUGCGGCUUUUUGUUGUGGGUUCCCUCCCCCAGGUUAAAUAACUAAAGUUUUUUUUUUGGUGUGUGUGUAAUUCACCUACGGUCUGCUGCUUGUGUGUGUGUGUGUGUGUGUGUGUGUGUGUGUGUGUGUGUGUGUGUGUGUGUGU